UUGAUUAAGUAAAUUAUUUUUGAUGAAAGGAUAAAAUUGAUUAUAAACCAGUCCGGUAGUUUUAAAGGACAUUGUUAACCUAUAUAUACCAGAAAAUAAUUUGUGAUCUGUGAGAGAGCAUCUCUUUUUUUACUGGAGUUAAUGUAUCAAGAGUAUCUUAAAACCAUGACGAGCCGUUUAUACUUCCUUUCGGUCAAGGUGAAUAUGUGCGAGCAGGGCUUUGAUCUACCAGGAACGCUGGAGAAAAUACGAGUGUUAUUGAGUGACUAUUCGUCUUCCACCAAAUGUAUUCACAAGUUUAAGGUGACAGGUGAAUCAAAGAUUGUUGCAGUCUUUGAAGUUUCAAAUGUUGUUGGACUCGAGCGCACAGUUUCUGGUCUCGCAAGACUGGGAAACAUUGAUGUCACAUGUAAACCAAUAAGGCCAUAUGAGAAUUUUGCUAACAUGUUGAAAGUUGAUGAAGAAUUAACAAAACCAUCAACAAAUUGUAUUAAAGACGAUAAAGACUGUCAGAUGUUUUGGUUAGAUUUCACAGUGGAGUAUCCAGGUAAGAACACAGAUGAAUUGUUGGCGACCUGGCAUAGAGAAGCAACUUUUGCACUAACGGCUAGGAAGGGAGGUGUUCAUAUUGAGUUGUUCAAAAAUGUAGGAGAAAGAAAGGUGCAAGCUUUUAUUGUGAUGGAACCAGAUGACCUUGAUGAGUUAUCCUUUAAUCUUCCUGUAGUGAAAGAAAAUGGAAAUGGGGUCAACAUUAGUGUUCAUGCAAUACAAAGUUUGGAUGAUUAUUGUUCAUCCAUGUCAUCACAGGCUUCGGCAAAGCCAAAGUAAAUCUAUAUUAAAAUAGACUAUAUAAUUAUUCAAUUUGGUGCAUUUCUUUACAUAAUUAUUAUGGAUUCAAAGGCUAAGAAUCAAUAUUUUCUAAGAAGUAUAACAAAGGAUAUAACUCUUCACCACUUAUUUUCAGGCUAAAACUAAAAGCAAAAGUAUUGUCAGAAGACUGAUAUUUUUUCUAGGUUUUUUUUUCCAGCAUCUUUAUGCCAUGUCCAAGAAAAGACUAUCAGAGCUGUAUAAUCAUGUCUUAAUUUUUGUUUCUUAGAAAUAAGUAUUGUUUCUUCAUGUAUAACUAGGUUGUUUGUAUAGUUAUGCCAUGUUAAGUGUGUGUUUACAUUAUUUUUUAUUAUUUACAUGUAAUAAAACUGUAAAAUUUGUAGAAAUAAA